UGCUAGUACUUUAUCUAGAAAAUCUAUAAUAUAUGGUGUAUCAUAGAUUUCUCUGAUUUUGCAGCUCAAAUAUAUUAAAAAAAAAUAAUAAUAAUAACGAGAUUAUAAGGCAAUAGAGGUAAUUCAAGAAAUUUUUGAAACAGCUGAUUUAAUAAACAUGGCAGGGUUGAAAGGAUGCAUUUCAGCUAUCUGCAAUAUUUUACCAAAAAAUCUUAAUCCAUUAGGAUAUAGCUUUCAACAAGUACGCAACUUUGUUGGCUGCUGGCAGUUACGUGACAGAAAGCGUAGGAGAUGGGCAAAACAAUAUGCUGAAGAGCGAUUGCGAUUAGUUGCCUUAAAACGAAAUGAUAUCUUGCCAAAAGAGAUAAUACAACUUGCUGGCACGCAAAUAGAUGAAACGAUUCCCAGACAGACUGCUCUGAGACAAUUGACCCCAAGAUGCGUAGUAACUUCUCGAGGUCGAGGUACAGUGCAUCGAUGGAGAUUAUCGCGAUUCAUCUUUCGUGACUUGGUCGACUAUAAUAAAAUGGCUGGAGUACAACGUGCUAUGUGGUAGAAAUACUAAUGUACAUCAAACAAUAUCAGACUUUUAUUAUGUGAAUAUUAAUGUAGUGUAAAUAAUAUACACGUGUGUAUGCAAAUGAAAUUUAAAAAUAUAAAAAUUACUUAGCA